AAAAUGGAUAUCCAGGGGGUCAAGAGCGACAAAACGACAAAUCCACUUCUCCACUUUCAAGGCUUACUUCAUAUCUGUCUCUGUCACAUGUAACUCUUCGUAUAUUCUAGUGUUUCCCACUUUCCUAUCUCCAACUGCAACGUCCUUUGCUUCCUUCUUUCUUCUUCCGCCAUUUCUUCGGUUUCUUCGCGCAUUCUUCUGACUCAAGAUUCACAAAAUGUCCACGAUUCCUUUCACCUAUUCCACCCACGCGCUUCCUCUCUUCUAUUCUCGCUGCACCACCAACACCUUCGCCAGGAUCAAACCUUCUAUACGCCGUCGUUUUUGCGUUUACUGCCAAAUUGACUCUAAGACAAAGGAAGUACAGAUAAGAAGGUGCUCCCCUUUACUAGAAAGUUCACUGCUUUCUGGGAAUGGCGUGGUGGCCUCGGAUGACUGGAAAGCUAUUCCUGACAUUUGGAGAUCCUCUGCUGAGAAGUAUGGUGAUAAAGUAGCCUUAAUAGAUCCAUAUCAUGAUCCUCCUUCAACAAUGACCUAUAAACAGUUGGAGGAAGCAAUAUUGGAUUUUGCCGAAGGCUUGAGAGUUCUUGGAGUAAAACCAGAGGAAAAGAUUGCACUUUUUGCUGAUAAUUCAUGUCGCUGGCUUGUAGCAGAUCAAGGCAUGAUGGCAAGUGGAGCAAUCAAUGUCGUGAGGGGAACAAGAUCAUCAAUUGAAGAGCUGUUUCAAAUAUACCAACACUCUGAAAGCGUUGCACUAGCUGUGGACACACCUGAAAUGUUUAAUCGGAUUGCAAAAUCAUUCUAUGCAAAGGCUUCCAUGAGAUAUAUUAUUCUUCUUUGGGGAGACAAAUCAUCCCUGGUUUGUGAAGGAAACAAGGAGGUGCCAGUCUUCACAUUCACAGAAGUCAUAGACUUGGGACGUGAGAGUCGCAUGGCAUUGAUUGAUUCUCGUGAUGGUGAUAAUCAAUUUAAGUAUGAAGCAAUUAAGUCUGAUGAUAUUGCUACUCUUGUAUACACAAGUGGAACAACUGGAAAUCCAAAAGGUGUUAUGCUUACUCAUCGGAAUCUUUUACAUCAGGUUAAAAACUUAUGGGAUAUUGUCCCUGCUGAAGUUGGGGAUAGAUUUCUAAGCAUGCUGCCUCCUUGGCAUGCAUAUGAAAGAGCUUGUGAGUAUUUCAUUUUCUCAUACGGUGUUGAACAAGUAUACACAACUGUGAAAAACUUAAAGGAUGAUUUGAAGCAAUAUCAACCACAUUACUUGAUUUCAGUUCCUCUAGUUUAUGAAACAUUAUAUAGUGGCAUCCAGAAGCAGAUAUCUACAAGCUCCCUAAUCAGAAAGCUUGUUGCACUCACAUUCAUUAGGAUCAGCUUAGCAUACAUGGAGUGUAAGCGGAUUUAUGAGGGUAAAUGUCUAACAAAGAAUGAGAAGCAGCCUUCUUAUCUGUAUUCAACGUUGGAAUGGUUGUGGGCAAGAAUAGUUGCUGCAAUAAUAUUUCCAAUUCAUAUGUUGGCAAAGAAAGUGGUCUACAGUAAAAUCCAUUCAGCUAUUGGAAUAUCAAAGGCUGGAGUAAGCGGUGGUGGAAGCUUACCUAUUCAUGUUGACAAAUUUUUUGAGGCUAUUGGUGUUAAAGUGCAGAAUGGAUAUGGUUUAACAGAAACUUCACCAGUUAUUGCUGCUCGGCGACCUGAAUGUAAUGUUAUUGGAUCUGCUGGGCAUCCAAUUAGGCAUACAAAAUUUAAAGUUGUAGAUUAUGAAACUGGUGAAGUUCUUCCACCUGGUUCAAAGGGAAUUUUGAAAGUGACGGGCCCAGCAUUGAUGAAGGGAUACUACAAGAAUCCUUCAGCUACAAAUCAGGCCUUGGAUGGAGAUGGCUGGCUGAAUACUGGUGAUAUAGGUUGGAUUGUUCCCCAUCAUUCAACUGGGCGGAGUCGCCAUUCUGGUGGUGUGAUAGUUCUGGAAGGUCGCGCUAAAGACACUAUUGUGCUUUCAACAGGCGAAAAUGUUGAACCGGGUGAACUUGAAGAAGCUGCCAUGAAAAGUACCCUCAUACAGCAAAUUGUCGUUAUUGGCCAGGAUAAGCGACGUCUUGGAGCUUUAAUUGUUCCUAACAAAGAAGAAGUCUUAAAAGUGGCAAGGGAAUUGUCAGUUAUAGAUUCAAACAGUUCAGAUAUCAGUCAGGAAAAAGUGACCAGCCUAUUAUAUAAAGAAUUGAACACCUGGACAUCUGAUUUUUCAUUUCAAAUUGGUCCAAUUCUUGUCGUUGAUGAUCCCUUCACGAUUGAUAAUGGGCUAAUGACACCCACCAUGAAGAUCCGAAGGGAUAGAGUUGUGGCUCAAUACAGGGAUCAAAUAGAAAACCUAUACAAGUGACAAAACUUAAAUGGUGUGCUACGAGUGUUUGUGUAUUUAAAGACUGUUGUGCAAAAAUCUUAAGUUAUUCUCCUUGUGUGACAUUUCAAUAAAUAAUAAUGCUUACAUAUAUCACAGGCAGUGUAUAAUAUCAUCCAUUUGUUUUGCUG